CUUCGCCUUUUCUUCGUCUCUUCCUGCUCCUCCUCCUCCUCCUCUUCUUCCUCACUAUUACUGCCAUAAUGACCAUCUCUCAGAAGCCAAACAUUGGUGUUUAUACCAACCCCGCCCACGCGCUCUACGUCGCCCCCGCUGAGCCCGCGGCCGACGCCCUCACCCCCGCACCCGAGGAGGUCAUCGUCCAUGUAGUCGCGACCGGCAUCUGUGGGUCGGACAUCCACUUCCAGAAGCACGGCCAGAUUGGGCCCACCAUGGUCGUCCGCGACGAGCACAUCCUCGGCCACGAGUCCGCCGGCGUCGUCAUCUCCGUCGGCUCGGACGUCAAGGACCUCGUCGUCGGUGACCGCGUCGCCCUCGAGCCCGGUGUGCCUUGCUACAAGUGCGACGUCUGCCUCUCCGGCCACUACAACGGCUGCCCGGACGUGCAGUUCAAGUCCACUCCGCCUGUCCCCGGCUUCCUGCGCAGAUACGUCAACCACCCCGCCCGCUGGUGCCACAAGAUCAACGACAUGCCCUACGAGCUCGGUGCCCUGCUCGAGCCCCUCUCCGUCGCCCUUUUCGGCGUCGAGACCGCCGGCCUCAAGCUCGGCGACCCCGUCGUCAUCUGCGGUGCGGGCCCUAUUGGAAUCGUCUCUGCGCUGUGCGCCAGAGCCGCCGGCGCGGAGCCCAUCGUCAUCACCGACAUCGAGCAGAGCCGACUCGACUUUGCCAAAUCGCUCGUUCCCUCCCUCCGAACCGUUCUCGUCGGCCGGGGCGAGACCGCCGAGGAGACCGCAGAGCACAUCAUCGAAGCCGCCGGCGGCCUCCGACCAAGAAUCUGUCUCGAGUGCACCGGUGUCCAGUCCUCUCUGCACGCCGGCAUCUACUCGCUCCAGUUCCGCGGUGUGUGCCACUGCAUCGGCGUCGGCGCCUCCACACAGUCCAUCCCGUUCAUGAUCCUGUCCGUGAACGAGAUCGAGAUCAAGUUCCAGUACCGCUACAUGAACCAGUGGCCUAAAGCCAUCAGAAUCGUCAACGCCGGCCUGCUCCCGGGAAUCGAGAAGAUGAUCACCCACCGCUUUGCCCUCGAGGACGCCGUCAGUGCGUUCGAGACCAGCGCCAACCCCAAGAGCGGCAGCGUCAAGGUCAUGAUCUUUGACGAGGAGUAGUUCUGUCUGUAUUUGUACAGCAGCAACAGUAGUUUAUAGAUGCGCUUUUUAUGUUUUUAUUGCUUUCUUUCUGUUUAUUGUCCAUUAUUCUACAUUUAAUCAUCAUCAUAACCAUC